GCCGUCCCGGCCUUUCCCAGUUUCUAGAGAGAGAUUUAACUGCAACGAUCGGAACAAUGACACACAAAUUCCCCCUCGACGAGCCGGUGAUCUCUGGCCCUUUUAGUCUCUUUGAAGGAAGUUUCAUUUUGGAGUUCUUGCAGCCACAUCCCUCGAGAGAUGCCUCCGUUCUGAUAAGAGCAACGUACAAGCACGACCACCCCCUCUACAAAAAGGGAUCUAGUCAUCCACAGACACCACCUCUACACCUCCAUUUUAAUCAAUCGGAGUCUUUUGAAGUUCUUCAGGGCAAAAUAGCUACCGUCGAGGGAUGGUCUGUGGCCAGGCGGGUCUGGACUCAAGAAGAUGGGCCGCAUGAGAUCAAACCAUGGGUACCUCAUACCUUUCAACCCACUCCGGACAGCACUGAGGAUACAAUCCUGCUAGUCUGGGCGCAUCCAGACGAUGUGGAUGAGAUGAUGGACCGGGUCUUCUUCACAAAUUUGCUAAUGUACGUCAGCGACGUGCAUGAGAAGAAGGUCUCGCUGAACCCGUUCCAGAUCAUGCUGACACAGCAUGUUUCUGCCACUGCCCUUGUGUGGUUUCCUACUGCGACGUGGCUGGGCCCACUGCGCUGGUGGGUGCCGUGGAAGGUGCAGGCGAUCUUUGCUGCAGCGGGGAGAUUGCUGGGGCUGACGCCUAUGAUGAAGAAGUAUACUUCCGAGGAGGAAUUUGCAGAGAUUCAGAAAGCAAAGAAUAUUUGA